UCCUCGUUCUUCAACUUCAUCGACUUCUUUGGUUUAUAGCCACGAGGUUUUAGCAAUAUUUUAGUUUUUAGAGAAUUAAUAAGAAUUUAUUCUAAAUACACGAAAUGCCUCCAAGUAAUCCUCUCCCUCCUAAAGAAAAUGCUCUAUUUAAAAGAAUUCUGCGUUGUUACGAACACAAACAAUACAAAAAUGCGCUAAAGUUCGCGAAGCAGAUUUUAUCCAACCCAAAGUAUGGAGAGCAUGGAGAGACACUGGCCAUGAAAGGUUUGACUUUAAACUGCCUUGGUCGUAAAGAUGAAGCUUAUGAGUAUGUCCGCAGAGGACUUCGUAAUGAUUUGAAAUCCCCGGUGUGUUGGCAUGUAUAUGGCCUUCUACAACGUUCAGAUAAAAAAUAUGAUGAGGCCAUCAAAUGUUACCGGAAUGCUCUAAAAUGGGAGAAGGAUAAUAUUCAAAUUUUAAGAGACCUAUCAUUAUUACAAAUUCAAAUGAGGGAUUUAGAAGGAUACAAAGACACUCGCUAUCAACUAUUUGUGUUGAGACCAACUCAAAGAACUACAUGGAUUGGAUUUGCAAUGAGCUAUCACUUGUUGGGUGAACAUGAAAUGGCAAACAGCAUCUUGGAUGCAUUUAGGACUAAUCAAAUGAAGGGCCCAUAUGAUUAUGAGCAUUCAGAGCUUCUCCUAUAUCAGAAUAUGGUCUUGGCUGAGUCUGGUCAUUAUGACAGGGCCUUACAACACUUGACAAAGUUUGAGUCACAGAUUCUUGAUAAAUUAUCUAUUAAAGAAACCUCUGGUGAAUACUAUUUGAAGUUAAAGAGAUAUAAUGAGGCUGAAUCAGUGUAUGUGGAUCUACUUAAGAGAAACCCUGAGAAUGUUAUGUAUUAUCAAAAGUUAAUUGAAGCUAAACAGUUUAGCAAUGCUGAUGAAAGAGUGGCCUUCUUUGAAGAAUAUAAGAAAGAGUUUUUGAAAGCAAUAGCUCCUAGACGGCUGCAGCUAACAGAGGCUCAAUCUCAACCUAUCUUUGAAAAAUUGGUAGAUGAAUACCUGAGACAUGGUUUACAUAAAGGCAUUCCACCACUCUUUGUUGAUUUAAGAUCAUUAUAUGUAGACCAGUUUAAGGCGGACACAAUAGAGAAAUUAAUAUUGCAAUAUGUGGAGAAUCUAUCAAAGAACGAUAAGUUUAGUAGUAGGCCAGAUGAGGAAAGACAGCCAGCCAGUGCCUUAUUGUGGACAUAUUACUUUGCUGCACAACAUUUUGACUAUAAGAUGGAUACGGCUAGAGCGUUAAGUUUUAUUGAUGCGGCUAUAGAACAUACACCAACACUUAUUGAGUUGUUUAUCGCUAAGGGAAGAAUAUAUAAGCAUGCUGGUGAUCCAAUAUCAGCUUACCAGAUGUUGGAGGAAGCCCAAGCUAUGGACACAGCAGACAGAUAUGUGAACAGCAAGUGUGCCCGGUAUAUGCUGCGUGCUGGUCACAUCAAGCGAGCCGAGGAGAUGUGUGCAAAAUUCACUAGGGAAGGUGUCCCCGCAACUGAGAAUCUUAAUGAAAUGCAAUGUAUGUGGUUCCAAACCGAGGCUGCGGCUGCCUACCAGCGACUGCAACAGUGGGGCGAAGCCCUAAAGAAGGCACACGAAGUAGAUAGACACUUUUCAGAAAUAAUGGAAGACCAGUUCGACUUCCACUCGUACUGCAUGCGCAAAAUGACUCUCCGUUCGUACGUCGGUCUGUUGCGGUUGGAAGACGUGUUGCGAGCGCAUCCGUUCUACUUCCGGUGCGCUCGCGUCGCCAUACAAGUGUACCUCACGCUGUACGAGCACCCGCUGCAAGAUGCACCGCAGACCAGCGAGCCGGAUACAGAAAACUUGGCGCCGUCCGAACUGAAGAAGUUGAGAAACAAACAGAGGAAAGCGAAACGUAAAGCAGAGCAGGAGAGCGCGCUGGCCGCGCAAGUACAGGUGAAAAGGGAGCAGCAUCAUAAAGCGAGACAACAGCAGGAGCAAGGUGAUCCCGAGGCGCCGCAAUUGGACGAGCUCAUACCGGAGAAACUUGCUCGGGCUGAGGAUCCACUAGAACAAGCAAUGAGGUUCCUGUUGCCGCUCAGGUUGUUGGCGGCCGACCGAAUAGACACGCAUUUGAUGGCCUUCGAAAUUUAUUACAGAAAAGAAAAGCCACUACUUAUGCUGCAGAGUAUAAAGCGGGCGUGGAACCUACAGAGCGACCACCAUCACUUACACGACUGUAUGAUAAGGUUCAAGUGUUGGUUGGACGAGAAACAGUGCGAACUGAAUCCGCACGUCGCGUCCGUUAUCAACGCCGAAACACAACCGAUGUUUGGCGAGAGGAGUGCGCUGACAAUGGCGCAGGAGUACCUGGAGAGUCACGGGAACAGCAGUCAGGCGUGUGCCCUGUGGGCAGCGCGGGCCCUGGCGCGACUCGUGCCCGAGCGGACCGGGCGGGCGCGGGGCCUGGUCACCUCGCUGGCUCUGCCCGCCACCACCAUACAGGGUUGCGUGGAAGUAUUAGAAAGUCUAAAGGACGGGGAUUUUGGCAGUUGCGAGAAAGAGAUAGAAGAUUACAUAGAAGCGUGCCGCGCUAAGUUCCCGUACGCCAACGCGUUCAAGCCACCGCAAGAGCUGCCCGAGAAUCAAACUGACGACACACCGCUACAGCCCAAGGAGAUCGACCUCACCCAAUGAACCUGUGAGACGACACUCGCUUAUCCUUUACAAUUGUAAAUUAUUUGAAAUCGAGUGUAAGGGUCGCGCAGUGUCCCCGAAAAUUUGUACUGGUUUUUGAGCCCUUUAGGAAUAAUUCGGUUUGGUAAUACCAUGAAAAUGUUAUUUUACCUUUACAUGGUGUAGAGUCAACACUUUUUCUAUGUAAGACUCUUGGGAAAUGACUCAAAAUUUACAUGGCUAUCUGGCCACGCAAUAAAAUAUAUGUAAAUUCAGAUUUUUUUUAAUUCAUAAAAUAUCUAUUGAUAUAUAUGUGAGAUAGAGAGUGUGCCCUCGUGAUCAAAAAAUAGUUAAAAUGAAUUUGUUGUCUUGACUGUAAAGUGCAAGAAAGAUUUUAGUGAACAUGGCUGAACUAGGAAUACACGCGAUACGCGCCAUCUUGUAAAAAGUGGCUUACGUCAAAUUGACAUUAGAAAAGAGAAUAACAUCACUCAUUCAAUUUAGAACUGACUGACAAAUGAUGAAUGCUUUCUUUGAAUGAAAGGGAUUUUAUUUAUUUAUUAUUAUUUGUAAACUUAACUACAAUUAAAAUAUCAAAAUUACAUUUUAAAUUAAAUGUAAAAAAACAAUAAUACUAGAAUGUCAAGUUAUAUAAAAUCAAAUUAUAAUCUUUAGCACCAAAUAUCCAUUGAUUACUAAGAGAACUCAAUCGAAGUUCACGCUAUUUUCGGUUCGCCUCGUAGAGGGUGUAUAACAUAACACUGGGAGGCUCCAUUGCACAGGCUUGAUUAUGAGUACCAUAACGGCUUUAUUUUCAGUCUGAACGGCUAGGGCCGUAGCUAGUGUAAUUACUGGGCAAAUGAGACUUAACCGUCUUAUGACUCAAGGUCACGAGUGCAAUAAUUGUAGUGCUGUUCAGAAUUUUUGGGUUUUUCAUGCCUCCUGAGCGGCACUGCAUUGUUUUUGGCUCUUUUUGCCAUAUACUACUUUCACAAUUGCAUUUACUAGCCAGUUUUCCUUCUUCUGCCACCUGUAACAAAUCUAAGUAUGGUACACUACUGAGAACUGCAUUGUUUUUUAAGAACUCUUCUAGUUAAACUUUAUUAUUAGAACACCAACUUUCAACCGUAUGCAGGUUUAUAGCUUUAACGUACAGUUAAAGAUAUGUUUCGCUUCUCCAUCUAAAUUUAAUUUUGCUAACAAAAUUUAUAAUAUUACAGACAACUUAAUUCCUUAUCACUAACAUUAAAUAUUAACCGGAAUUCUACUAUUACAACUCUUGCUGUCCGAAAACGUCAUUCCCAAACUACCACACAUAAUAGAACUGAUCAAAAUAUUCACAAAAAUAAAAUGAAGUGAUCCCGACAAUACUGGAAAAAUGUAUAUAUAGAAAGACUAGCUGACCCAGCAAACGUUGUAUUGCCGAUAUUAAAAUCGCGAUACAAAAGUAACUGUUGAUCGUAGAUGGGUGAAAAUUUGAAUUUAUUUUUUAAUGCUGACACAUAAUCAAACAAAUUUAAAAAAUUUCAAAAAAAUUAAAAAAAGGAAUUUCGUGUGGACCACCCUUAACAUUUAGGGGGAUGAAAAAUAGAUGUUGGCCGAUUCUCAGACCUACUCAAUAUGCUCACAAAAUUUCAUGAGAAUCGGUCAAGCCGUUUCGGAGGAGUACGGGAACAUUGUGACACGAGAAUUUUAUAUAUAAGAUGAAGGUUAUUUAGACACAAUAUUGUUUUUUACAUUUAUGUUUAUUAAAAAUAUUGUUUAUUAAUAUUUCACUAAAAAGUCGAAGCAUAUAAUUCCGUCAGUCUUGAGGUACCGAAGUAAAAUCAUUUCAAGAAAGAAAAAAAAAUUCUUGAAAUUGUGACAUUGAAUAAUGAACGUGCUUUAAUAAUAAAUUAACAGAACCUUACGACUGUCGGUGACCUAUAGGUAUACGAGAUUUUUGAAGUAUUAACGCCAUUUGUAACCUAGGUCCUAAUUAACACUAGGAACAAACAUGAAAUUAUAACGCCCACUAGUCGGCUAAGUCGAGUUACUAGGUCUUCUGGGCCGUUGUAUAUGCCUUUACAAAUAGAUCCUAGAUAAUGUUCAAAACAAAUGUAUUACGAAAUUCAAAAGUAUUGGUUAAAAACUUUUGUGUGGUAAAGGUUACUAUAACAUAAAUGUCUCUCAUAAUGAUACCACAGAUUGGGAAUACAACGACCGCCCACAGGCUAUUAAAUAAAAAAUGUUAUUGUACGAUUUUUACAUUGUAGCCAUAUUUUUAUUAAAAAAAAGAGGCCUGCUGAGUUUGUUGUACUUCUCAGAUCUGAGGCAUACCUUUUUGGAAUGGAUGGUAGUUUUUGAGUUUCAAUAAGUGAUAUUAUCCAUCCUAUUUUGAAUAAAAAUAUUUAAAUUUGAAUUAUAUCUAUGAAUAUGUAUCUUCUUAUACAUAUUUUCUUUAUUCAAAUUAGUGAGUUUUGUAUUAUUUUGUCCAAUUGCACAGCUAAGAAAUCAUUAGUCAAAGUCAAAUAAACCUUAUUCAACCAGGCUUAAAUUAAGAUUAUUAUAUAUUAUAUAUUAUUAUAUAAAUAUUUCUUUUAAAUUACUAAAUCUAAAAUAUGUUUGGAAAAACUAGAGCUCGUGAGAAGAACAUACAAGAAACUCAACGGUAACUCUUAUCGAUCAAUAUAGUAUUUCACAAUGGCUGUAACAUACAAAAGAUUAGAUAUUACACUCCUACUGAAAUCCUAUAAUUUUAAGUCUUACUCCUGCAAACUCUACUAUGAUUAACAAAGCAAUCCCGGGCUUCUUGGAGGGGCCUGUUUAAGGAUUCUUUUAACUAUCCUGUUGUUUGCCAUACAAAAAAUAGCUUUCAUUUUCUCUGAAGUCACAAUAGGGUUUAAAUAAACUUUAUUUCUUUAUGCACACAUCAAGAAAAAAUUGAUAUUAUUACUAGUAGUAAGUCAAUUUUUAAAAAGUGCAAAUAAUUACUGGGAAAUUCAUAUUAAAUACGAAAACAAUGCAGGUCAUAACGAAUUUGACGUAAAAGUGUGGUUACAUAAUCUAUACUAAUAUUAUAAAGCUGCAGUGUUUGUUUGAACGUGCUAAUCUCUGGUACUACUGGUCCGAUUUGAAUGAUUCUUUCAGUGUUGGGUAGUCCAUUUAUCGAGGAAGGCUAUAGGCUAUGUUUUUUUUUUCAAAAUUAGGGAUCCGUAAUAAAAUUGCUUUUUUGUAACACAAGGUGUAAAAUCGAAAACCUAUUUUUGCGUGUGCUGCAAAAACUAUUGACAAUAGAACAAAAUGAUGUACAAUAUAUAUAUAGGCAAUAUUUUAUUACUUAUAAAACUAUCGCGUGAAUUAUACUUUAUAUGGCAAAACAACGUUUGCCGGGUCAGCUAGUAUCAAUUAUAACUAUGUACAUGUUUAUUUUUUUUAUGUGUAGAAUUGUUUAUUUUUAUGAAGUAUGACGUCAUAGUUCAUGCACACCGAGUCCGCCGAAAAGGCAGGCGUUUUAUAUAUUUAUUUAGUUUUGGCUUUUAAUUUUAUAUCUGUUACCUGUAUCACCCAUAAAAUGUAUGCGAUUUUUAUUUUUGCCUAGAUUUUGGACGGCAAAUGCAACGGUCAGCUAUUUUCACGAAGAUUUUUGACGCACUAAAGUAUGUUUUAUUUAUAAUGUUAAACUGACAGAUAUGAUAUUAGUAAACAACAUUUUUUAAACACUACUGUUUUUAAAAGUACAUUAAAUUUAUUGGAUUUAAAUUUGAUGAUUAUUGAUGAAUAAAUAUGAUAUGAGGUGACACCUUAAUUAGACUUUUUCGACAGCCAAAACAUUAUGACUAGACUGUUGAACAUAAAACGAAUGCAAUUAUGUAAGGCGUGACGUCAUAAGCAAAGGAAUCCAAAAUCUGUAAUCGGAAUAUUUUGUAUUAAGUUUGACAGUAGUUUGGAUUUGGAUAAAAUGAAAACCAAAGCAUGUAGUUGUAUAUUUUCUAUUUCUUAGCUAAUUAAAAAGGAUAUCAACUCGUAACAAACAGUGUUUAAGUGUUUCUUUUUUUUUCAAAUAUUUUGUUAAAUUUGAAAUCUAUUAUUAGGCCCACUACACAUUUAGUUGGAGUAAUUUGUGACUUGGCUCCUGCAUUAUUCGUUAGAACGAUAUUGACAAUAUCACAGCAUCACUCGACAGUUAGGUAGAACAAAACAUGUGACGUAAUCGUCUCUGAAUAUCUGUUAUUGAAAACAGAUAUUAAUAAGAUCGAAAAAGCAUGAAUGGCCUUGCGUUAAAGCGUGUUUUUGAUAUAGUACUUGUUGCACGAAUGAUGAUUCGUGGCGAAUCGGCUCCAUCUAGACAAGUUCUCAAGUCAUUUAUUUCAAAGAUUGAAAUUUAAAAAGUAAUUGAUGUCAUUUUACUGGUUAGGUAACAUACUUUUGAUAUCAGGAUAAUGUUUUUUUUAUAUCUAUAAUAGUUAUGGAAUAAUCGACUGAUCACACCGUUUACGCCCUGUGUAUAACUUCAAAUAUAUUUCUGACCCAAGUGUAACAAGAGCAUACAGGCUGAUAUAACACAUACAUUAAAUUACUUUCGAAAUCGACAAGUUACUCCGCGCCGCGAUAUGCCAUAGAUCGGUGCGCUUUUUACGUUUAUCAAUAGAUUGUUUAUAAUUAUGAUUUGAGUGAAUGUAUAAGAAAGUUAUUGAUAAAAGCUAUAAGACCAUGCAUAAUAAACUAUCUUAAAAACCAAAUGAAGGUUAGAACUUGGUCAGUGCGUAGUGUGCCAUACGGCACUUACGAUUUUGGUGUUUCUGAAAAAUCUAGUGACAUAUGGAACUUCCCGAUUUCGGAAGGUUAAACUUGGAUAACAUGUUCCUUUAUUAGCUUUAAGAUCGGAGCUUCCUGCCAUCUGAACUGAAUUAAUUAUUAUUAUUAUAUUAGCAUCAAAUUUAUAUUACCAGUUAUGUUUUAGUACUUCUGAUGUGUGUUCUUGGGUUUGAAUUAUAUGCAUGCAUUAUUGAAUUCAUUCACUGUUGAAGAUUAAUAACAGAAUUCUGUUGAUGUAAUGUAUUUUUUUUGAGUUUCACAUUAUUAUUACUGUUAAAAGCUCAAUGCAUACUUAUUCCUCAGCUAUCAAGAUGUUUUUUUUUUCUAUUUCUAGCUAAAUUGGGUGCAUACUGUUCAAACCAUAACCGGAUGGCCUCAAGUGUUCAACUAUUCGAGUGUAGUUAAGAAUUUUGUAUUUAAAUCUCCAGUUUUAAUGUAAAAAUAGUGUGUGAAAUGAAGGUUUUUAUAGUCACAAUAUAGCCUUAUGAAACGGUGAGGUUGUUGCUUUUGUAAAUAAUUACAUUUAUAAGUUUUCACUGUAUCAUACAGUUAGUUUUUUAAAUUAGGUCACUUUAUUGAAAAUUAUUUUUAAAUCUUAGAGUAAGGAUUGGUCUCCGCUGCGCUCCAACUAGAUACUAGUACUACGCCCAAGUGGGUGUACUCAAGCCAGUCUCGAACAAUGUGAGAUGUUGACAUGCUACAUGUUCUGUAACAUUUUGGUCUAAAUUGAAACUAAACUAAAUGGGUUGCAUAGUAAAACUUUGUAAAAAUAAAAAAUAAAGAAAGACACUGAGAUCACAUAUUAUCAGUAAGUAUUUUAUAUUUUUUCAGUUCUAUGUAAAAUAUCAUGAAGCAUAUGUUACAAAAUUUGAAAAAUGCCAUUCACACAAGCAUCUAAUAGCUGCCAUAAUAAAAAAGCUAUUGUUCUUUGGUAGUGUGGCAUCUAGUUGGAGUGCAGCGGAGAACAAUCCUUAUCUAAGGUUUGGAUACUACAGUUGAUGACAUUUGGAUGACUACAAUGUUUUUGUAGAUAUUUGGACAAUAAUAAUGUUAUUGAGUGUUCCAAAUUGUAUCAAUUAUGUGACACUAUCACAUAUUAUAUUAUUUGACUGUUUUUCUUGUAACCUUUAAUCCAAUGUAUCUUUUGUAAUGUAUAGUUGGAAAAUAGUGAUUUGUUUGAACAAAUUAUUAAUAAAUCAGGGAUUUACUUCUUAGUGGCGGAUGAGAUAAAUGAAAGGUACUAUUAAUUAAUACAUUAUACUUUUAUUGUAGUAAAUGUUUGUUUCACAUUUUUCCAUUAACAUUUGAGUUAUUGUUUUUAUGUUAAUUGGAGUCUUUCAUGCCCCAAGGGUUUGUCAACUUGUACAUAAAGUAAUAAAAUUUUAUUUUACAAA